UCUUUGAGACAUCGAGCAAAAUUCAUGCAUGAUCAGUCUAAGCACCCUGGAGCAAUGAAGUCUGCACGUGUAUCCAUAUAUGGGUCACGGGUCCACGUGUAAGCUUCAUUGCAUGAGGGUGGAUAGGUGAGACCACCAGAGAACAGAUAUAUGCGGACAUCUCCGCAAUCCCUGAAAUGCCAGUACAGUGCAAGAGGGGGGAGAAAGGGGCCAGCCCGGUCUAGCAAAUGAGAAAAUAGAGAAGUGGGGAGUCCGACGGUGAAUUUUACGUCAAGCUUGAGAUGUGGGCGUGAAGCAGGGAGAGAAAAAAAAAAAAAAAAAAAAAAACACGAGGCAUUACCGCCUUCUCUUAACGGGGUGCACCAUUUCACUUCUCUGCGCCUCGCCGACAACGGGAAAAUCACGAAGAGUUUCUGAAUAGCUGCUUGAACUAAACAGCGAUGUUCAACGCGCAGAUUUGGCAAUCUUUUCCCCUCACAACUAUCUAAAAUUGUAUAUACUCCAAUGGUUUUUCUGGACGUAGGAUGGGAUUAACUUUGUCUGGAAGAUACAUUUCAUUGUUUCUUGCUGUUCAAAUAGCCUAUCUGCUGCAGGCAGUUCGAGCGGCUGGGAAAUGUGAAACAGUGUUCAAAGGUUUCUCCAACUGCCUGCUUCAACUGGGAGAGAACAUGGCCAACUAUCCACAGGAGCUGGACGAGAAGGAAAACCUUCGGACCAUCUGCACUUACUGGGAUGAUUUCCAUUCAUGUGCGACCACUGCUCUGGCAGACUGUCAGGAGGGAGCCACAGAUCUAUGGGAGAAGCUGAAAAAAGAGUCCAGAAAUCUGGACUUUCGCGGCAGCUUGUUUGAACUGUGUGCGGCUGGGAACGGCGCGAGCCGAUCUACGGUUCCGUUCGGCGUAACGCUGAUCCUCACUGCACUGUCUGCGCUCGUGACGUGGAUGCAGUUUUAACCCACGGGAAGAGAAGAGAGAGAGAGAGAGAGAAAAAAAAACGAAGAAGAAAAAAAAGAGAGAAGACCAUCAACACAAGAAUAAUAAUAAUAAUAAAAAAGAAUAAUAAUUAAUGACGAUCAAAAUUCAUCCUCACCCAAAUGGAUUUAUAUGCUUAUUUCAUCUGGAGAAAAAGACGUUUUUUUGCAAGAGACAAUGGGAAGAAGAAGUCUUCUGGGAAUGCUCAAGCACAUUUGCCUGACUCUGGGUCGAUUACAUGAAAUAUUUAUCAGAUAUUGAGUUGAAAUGACGGCCUGAAUUUGUGAAAGGUCCUGGUUAGAAGCGUAGUAUUUUAUAACAUUACCGUCUGUUAUGAAUGAAUUAUUAUUACUGUAGGCUUUUCACAUUCUCAACGGCCAUCAUAUAGAAAGAUAGGAAUAUUCUCCCAUCAGUUUGUUUUAUAUGCUCUUUGUCAAUGUUUAGUUUUCAUUUAUCAAUUUUAUUUUAGUCAAGCCAAGUAUAUGGAUGUGUUGAUGGGGUUAGAUGGUUUGCUGACCCACCAAUCGGGAACGUCUCUAAUAAUCACGAUGCUAAUAAUAGACUAUAAAUAAUAAUAAUAAUAAUAAUAAUUAUAAUAAAUAAACCUCAGGAAUGAAUACAGGCAUAUAUUUAGUGGAAUACACGAGAACAGAGGAAGAUUAUAUUAAAAAGAGUUUAUUAAAGAACAAAGAAAUGUAAAAUGUAGCCAUCGGAAGGCUUUGAGAUGAGUUGACUGUUGCCAUUUUUUCCCCAAAAAUGUUAUUCGAUUCCAUUCAAAGAAUAUUUGUCUCUUUUUAUGUAGGACACAUAACAGUAUAAAGCUGACACUUUACAUUACAGUGUCCAUGUUGCAUAUAACAAUGUGUAAUUACAUACAAGCAGCUCCAGGAAAUAAUUACACAUCAAGUACACAUAGUUCAUGACUAUUACGCAGUACUUACAUAGUAAUUACACUGCAACGUAAAGUGCGGCCUGUACUUCUCCCAACAGUAUCGUAGCACGACAAUAUCUGGACCUUGACAUUAAUAGUUGGAUGAAGUGAAUUUUGCUAGCUUUAUUUGAUGUUGCCAAGGCAUAGACCACGUUUCACUGCCUUCAGAAGAUGUGUAUUUUGUUUGUUCGUACGUUUGUUCGUUUCUGGGGAUGUUGCAUAUGAAAUACCUGAAUAUUCAAAACCAUACAAGUAAAUAAGAGAUGUAUGUGAAAUGAAAAGAGAGAUACUUUAACCGAAACAGUUUUAAAACAGAUUGAUUAUACAGGUAUAUAAAAUAGACUGCUAAAAAGAAGUAUUUAAAAGUAUUAAAUAAAACAGUUACUGUUUGAAA